AUGAGCUUUACCUAUUUCCGCAUCACCCUCCUCCGCUCCGCAAUCGGUCUCCCGCGCCGCUCAACAGACGUCCUCAAGGCCCUUGGCCUCAAAAAGCGCAUGGCCACAGUCUUCCACCCCGUGUCUCCGUCCGUUGCCGGUCAGAUCAUGCGCGUGAAGGAGCUUGUCUCGGUCCAGGAGGUCGAGCAGGCUCUCACAAAGCAGCAAGUCCAUCUUGAACGGAAGCCCGAUCCCGGUUAUUACAUUGAAAAGAGCUGUGUUGAGGAACGGGGGAGAUGUUGGAAAUAA